GAUUCUUUUAUCGUGAUUUUACUUCAUCGCUACAAGGUUUAUAUAACUGUAAAAUGCUAGAGAAAAUUUACAUUAUUCCAAUAGAUCUGUAAAUAUGGCUGUCAAGAUCAAAUUAUAUCCGUCUUUUCUUGUCUUGAGCUUAUAUUUUAGUUCAACUUUUGUCUUAGCUGUUUUAAAUACUCAAUCUGUUUUGAAUACUCAACCUGAACAGAUACAUUUAUCCUAUGGAAAAUCUCCCAAUGAAAUGAUUGUAACAUGGGUAACUUUUGAUCCUACAAAUACAUCUGCUGUAGAGUACGGACAGUUUCCAAAUGGAAUGAAUAAAAUCAAAUUCGGCUCUGUGUCCAAGUUUGUUGAUGGUGGCUCCAGCAAAAGAGUACUUUGGAUUCACAGAGUGCUACUGGACGAUUUAGUACCAGGUUCUGAAUAUGUGUAUCAUUGCGGUAGCACAAAUGGUUGGAGCAGUAUGUAUUGGUUCACGGCUAUUAAGGACGGAACAAACUGGAGUCCGAGACUUGUGGUUUAUGGAGAUUUGGGUAAUAUAAAUGCUCAAUCCCUGCCACGAUUGCAAGAGGAAGUGCAAAGAGGAUUUUAUGAUGCCCUUUUGCAUGUUGGUGAUAUGGCUUACAAUAUGGACACCGAUAAUGCUCGCGUUGGGGAUGAAUUCAUGCGACAGAUAGAAUCAAUUGCAGCUUAUCUUCCAUAUCAAGUGUGUGUCGGCAAUCACGAACAAGCAUACAAUUUCUCUAAUUACGUGAAUCGUUUCAGUAUGAUGAAUCAAGAUGGCGAAAUAAACAAUCAUUUUUAUAGUUUUGAUAUUGGACCUGCUCAUAUCAUUGCUUUCUCAACUGAGUUUUACUUCUACACGAACUACGGUAAAGGUCAAAUUGCACGGCAAUAUGAAUGGCUUGAAAAUGAACUAAAAAAGGCGAAUUUACCGGAGAACAGAAAUAACCACCCAUGGGUCAUUACUAUGGGACAUAGACCCAUGUAUUGCAGCUCUACGGAUGGAGAUGAUUGUACUAAACGAGAAAGUGUAAUCCGCAGAGCGUUGGAAGAUCUCUUUUAUAAAUAUGGAGUAGAUCUUGAAAUCUGGGCCCAUGAACACAAUUAUGAAAGAUUAUGGCCUGUGUAUAACUUUAAAGUAUAUAAUGGUAGUUAUGACGCUCCCUAUACUAACCCUAAAGCUCCUGUCCACAUUAUAACUGGAUCCGCUGGCUGUCAAGAAAAUUUAGACCCUUUUGUGCAUGAUCCAGCAGAAUGGAGUGCGGCUAGGUACUCAGAUUAUGGUUACACAAGGUUGCACAUUAUAAAUAAUACUCACUUGUAUAUGGAACAAGUUUCUGAUGACCAAAAUGGAGCAGUCCUUGAUCAAAUGUUACUCAUAAAGGACAAACAUGGACCUGAAGCAUGGCUGUAAACACAACAAUACUAACUUGUAUCAGGAACAGAUUUCUAGUGACCAAAUGGAGCAGUAUUCCAUUUAUUGUUAUAUCAAUGAUAAACAUGAACCUGAAACACAGCUUUAAUCAUAAAACUAUACAUUUGUCUAAAAAGUAUUUAAUACAGUGUUCCUCAUAAAGUAUAAACACAGAACUGAAGCAUAAUUGUAAACAUACAUUUUUCUCACUAAAUUGCUUUGUUUUAAUUUUUA